AACGGCAAAGUCAGCGUCCGUUUUGACUUGAUCGAAGGGAGCAGGACGGUCUCGGACUUGGCAGUGCUCAAGCAGGUGUCCGUCCUGACGCAUCACCACCUCCAAAGAGUUGAGGUUGUCGUCAGCACGGGAACCAUUCUUAGUGUGCCCCGGGGCCUGAUCUUGGAAGAGCAUAGUUGA